AUGUCGCUUAAACCUAGUCGGCUCAGUGGCAGCCAGGUGGUGGUGGUGCUACUUUUAUUGGCACUGACUACCGAAGAUGUCCAAGCCAAGAGCUUGGACGGUGGCGACGGUGGUAAAAGCAGUGGCGGAGGUUCAUCUAUUUCCAGUGAGGAAUCUCCGCGCGAUGGAAUCAUGUGCUUCCCCAUCAUGCUAAAUGAAACAGAUCCCGAGAGCCCGGAUAAAGUUCGGGAAGUAGAACUAAUGGUUUGCCUCCCAGUACCACUAAGUAAACCAGAGUACUUUCCACCCACCACAACCCCUGAGCCAUCCGUUGCUUUUGACGAUAUUGGCGGUGGUGCUGAGGAAACGGGUGCCGAAGGAGCUGAUGAUGGCGAUAGUGUGAAGGGCAGCGAUGCAUCUACAGAUGCGCCCAUCGAAGUGGCGAGUUAUGUGGCAGGAAGAGCUUCAGAAGUUCAGGCCCUUACCGCUUGA